AUGUCUCUACAGUUUGAAUUAAAGUCUGCGUUUUCGGUGAAAAUAUCGUGGGACUCCUUCAAUGAGUCGGACACGUACACGGUGCAGUGGACGCAGUCAUCAGUGCAAAAGAAGACAACGGUUUCUUCAUCCGCCAUCGCUCUGGUCAACCUUGAGCCGGACACAUCGUACGACGUGCGCGUUACAUCGGCAUCAUCCAGCACCGUUCUCUCGGAUGGCUUCCAGACAUGGUCUCUCGAAGAUCCUCACCUUGAAAACCUCUACACAAGCGUACGGUUGGAGGACGGCACAUACGAUGCCACCCAGUUCGACAAGAGCGUGCACGACGUGUUCCUCAAAUACUUUAACAAUAUUGUUCAAAACGGCGACACCAUCUACGCAUCCGUCAUUCUGAAAGGGGCGCCCAAAAACAUCGAGACGAGAGCCGUGACCGAAGGCUCUACAACCGACGUCGCGGGUGACCAGAAUCUGUUCCUCCCCUUCAGCAAGGACUCCGGUAGCGCCCAAAUCGUCACUCUGAGCAACUCGGUCCCGAUCGAAGAUGUCGAGGCAACUUCUGUAUCUGAUGUCGCAGUGGCACAGGACCUGGGUGGUGCUGUAGAGCUCCUCUACACACCAGAAAGUGACACAUUCACCAUUGGGAACAACGUGUAUGGCGUCGGAGACAAGUUCAAUCUCUUCGGGAAGAUGGUGACGGUGGCAGACGGUUCGAUCGUACUUGUAUUCGAGGACACCGUGGCCAAGGUUUACCCCUUCACGACCACCACGGCUUCCAACGUUGUUGGCACACUCGGUUCUCAGUUUGCCAAGAACUAUACCUGCAACGUGAUGAAUGUCGUCGGAUCGAAGACGACGGGAGCAUCUGGCGAGACAUACUCUUCAUCAUGGGUUUACGAUACGGCAGCGGACACCAUCGCCGAAGCUACUCGCAUCGUACACACAAUCGACGAGGAUAGCGCGAACGGCACUAUCUCCAUCGGCGUCCGGCACACCGACGCCAACUCAAACACUUUCAUCGAGCCGGUCGUCGCAUGCGCGUCGGGAUCGACGACCAUCAGCGCACAAGACGAUUCGGACAACACCGUCUCCACCACGAUCGACCCAACUGGAAUUUCGUUCGACACGGAUGACGCAUGCAUCUACUUUGGAGCCGCGCAAAAGUUCCGCAUCAUUUUCCGUGACGGCACGCCUUCCACCCUGGCGAUCGAAUCGUACGAUGCCGACUCCGGCACGUACAUGACUCGGUCGGAGUUCAGCGACUCUAGCUAA